AAUGGAUAAUAAUGAUCAUAAGGAAAAUCAAGAAAAACAAUAUAUAUGCAUUGAUCCUAAAUGUGAUUAAUCAAGUAGGUUAUUUAAAGCGAAAAAUGACAAUCACCCACAUAAAGCUCAUGAUCAUCAACUAUACUCUGAGUUCUAGAAAUUGAUUCGUGCUUAAUUUCCAUAACAAGUGAGGGAAUAAAUUAAUUAAUAAUUUAAUAAAGAUGAACUAGUAAAGGCCAUCUAAAGUAGGUCUGUAUAGAUGCAUGAGUCUAUUAAAAUUUUUGAAGAAAACUUAAUAAAGUAAAUAUACUCUUUGAAAACUAAUAGAACUAUAGAAGCUUAUGAUGUAUUAGGAGCAGAUAAAGCUUCUAUUAAUUAAGCUCUAAGUCAAUUAAAUGAAUCCAAUCCUCCAUAAUCCCUCAAUGUUUAAGGUCUGUUACAUGUGUUAAAAAUCAACAAAUUGGGACCAUAAAAAGUAUUAGAAAAAUGGAAAAGAGAAAAUGAUAUUAUCCUAAAAGAAUUGAAUACUUAAGCAGAAUCUGCUUUGAAAACAUUAAGUAAUGCAACUCUAUAAAGUUACAUGCAUAUCUAACAUUUAUAGAGUCCAUUAAUUUUAUAAAAGUACCAAUAGAAUAUGGUAUUGUAGAAUGCAUUUUGCAUGGAGUCAAAAUUUCAAAGCCAGUUCUGUGACAAUUAGAGAAGAAGCUGUUUAUGAAAAAGGAAAUGCUAUGGGUCUAGUUUGUAUCUAAUAAUAACUUGAGAAGGAUCAAAUAUAAAGUUUAACUAUAGAUGUGAAAGAAAGAGGAGGAGUAUAAUAUAUAUAUAGGAAUAAUAGAAUUUGUAUGUUGGAGUGAUGGAUAUAAAUGAAAGAAAAUAGAAAGGAAGAAGAGCAUUUAGUUUUCAUGAUUGGAAUGAGUCUGGUCAUGGUUUGUAUUUGAUUUAUCAUGGAGGGUGUAAUAAAUAAAUAUUAAAUUUAGAUGUAUUUAGUUCAAAUGAUACAUCUAUAAAUACUAAAAAAGUUGGAUUUAAUUUUGAUUAAAAUGAUAAAUUAAUUCUUACUUGGAAUGGUCCUGAACAUACUAUUACUAUCUUGAAGGUAGGAAGUAGUCAUGUAAAUUCUAAAACAUUAUAUAAUAGUAAUUUGCUUUCAAAGUUAAUCCAGACGGCUAAUAUCACUUUUCUGUAGGAUUAUUUAAAUGCGAAGUCAGAUUGAUUGAAUGA